GUAUCCUUCCACCUCACCAUCCCAGAGACAACAAUCAUUGUGUCCAAUAAGAUGGGGGACACAGCGCCCCCACAGGCCCCCGCAGGAGGGCUAGGAGGGGCUCCUGGGGCGGGACUCCUUGGAGGGGGCUCAGUCACCCCAAGAGUGCACAGUGCUAUCGUGGAGCGUCUCCGGGCUCGGAUAGCCGUCUGUCGCCAGCACCACCUGAGCUGUGAAGGACGCUAUGAACGUGGUAGGGCCGAGAGCUCAGACCGGGAAAGAGAGAGUACUUUGCAGCUCCUGAGUCUUGUCCAGCAUGGCCAGGGAGCAAGAAAGGCUGGCAAACACACCAAGACCACCACCACUGCUGCUACCACGACAGCCCCUCCACCGCCCCCUGCUGCCCCACCUCCAGCCUCUCAAGCAGCCGCCACAGCAGCUCCACCGCCCCCACCAGACUACCACCAUCACCACCAGCAGCACCUGCUGAACAGUAGCAAUAAUGGUGGCGGUGGUGGGAUCAAUGGGGAGCAGCAGACACCAGCUUCAACCUCGGGAGACCAGAGGAACUCAGCCCUGAUUGCGCUCCAAGGCUCCCUGAAAAGGAAACAAGUAGUCAACCUGACUCCUGCCAACAGCAAGAGGCCCAAUGGCUUUGUUGAUAACUCAUUCCUUGAUAUCAAGAGAAUCCGCGUUGGGGAGAACUUAUCCACAGGACAAGGAGGCCUCCAAGUAAAUAAUGGACAAAGUCAAAUUAUGUCAGGGACCUUGCCUAUGAAUCAAGCACCCCUGAGAAAGACUAACACUCUGUCACACAAUACACAUUCUCCUGGUAAUGGUAUGUUUAACAUGGGCUUAAAGGAGGUAAAGAAGGAGCCAGGAGAGACUCUGUCUUGCAGUAAGCAUAUGGAAGUCCAGAUAACCCAGGAGACCACUUUUUCUAAUAGGUAUGGAGAUGACCCUGGAGAGCAACUGAUGGACCCUGAGCUGCAAGAACUGUUCAAUGAGCUGACCAACAUAUCUGUGCCUCCCAUGAGUGAUCUUGAGCUAGAGAAUAUGAUCAACGCCACCAUAAAGCAGGAUGACCCAUUUAACAUUGACUUGGGUCAGCAAAGCCAGAGGAGCACUCCCAGAUCCUCCCUGCCUAUGGAGAAGAUAGUGAUCAAAAGUGAAUACUCACCUGGCCUGACUCAGGGCCCCUCGGGGUCACCUCAGUUGAGGCCCCCAUCAGCUGGUCCUGCAUUCUCCAUGGCCAGCUCUGCCCUCUCCACUUCAUCCCCGAUCCCUUCUGUCUCUCAAAGCCAGGCUCAGCCUCAGACAGUCUCAGGAGCCAGCCGGGCUUUGCCCAGCUGGCAGGAAGUAUCCCAUGCACAACAGCUCAAACAGAUAGCUGCCAAUCGUCAGCAACAUGCCCGGAUGCAACAGCACCAGCAGCAUCAACCUACCAACUGGUCAGCCUUGCCGUCUUCUGCUGGGCCGUCCCCAGGUCCAUUUGGGCAGGAAAAAAUCCCCAGCCCUUCUUUUGGUCAGCAGUCAUUCAGCCCUCAGAGCUCUCCCAUGCCGGGGGUCGCUGGCAGCAGUAGCCAGUCAAAAGUAAUGGCUAACUACAUGUAUAAGGCCAGUCCCUCAGCUCAGGGUGGGCACCUAGAUGUGCUCAUGCAGCAAAAGCCUCAGGAUCUCAGCCGAAGUUUUAUGAACAAUCCACACUCAGCCAUGGAUGCCCGUCUCAGCAACACCAAGCCUCUGUUUCAUUUUAACUCAGAUCAAGCAAACCAACAGAUGCCUUCUGUUUUGCCACCCCAGAACAAGCCUUCUCUCUUACACUACACCCAGCAGCAGCAGCAGCAGCAACAACAACAACAACAACAACAACAGCAGCAGCAGCAGAGCUCAAUUUCAGCCCAGCAGCAACAGCAACAACAACAACAACAACAACAACAACAGCAGCCACCACCUCCCCAGCCCACCCAACCUCUAUCAAGCCAGCCUUUGCUAAGAUCUCCCUUGCCACUUCAACAGAAGAUUCUACUUCAGAAAAUGCAGAAUCAGGGCAUCACAGGACUGGGGUAUCAAGUCUCCCAACAACACAGACAGGAUCAGCACUCUGUGGUAGGCCAAAACCCAGGCCCCAGUCCAAGUCCCAACGCCUGCUCAAAUCCCAACACUGGCAGUGGGUACAUGAACUCCCAGCAAUCACUGCUGAAUCAGCAAUUGAUGGGAAAGAAGCAGACUCUGCAAAGGCAGAUCAUGGAGCAGAAACAGCACCUUCUUCUUCAGCAGCAGAUGCUCGUUGAUUCGGAGAAAAUUACUCCACAAGAUCAGAUAAACAGACAUUUGACAAGACCACCCCCAGAUUAUAAAGACCAAAGAAGAAAUGUGGGUAAUAUGCAACCAACUGCUCAGUAUUCUGGUGGCUCAACAACAGUGAGCUUAAAUUCUAACCAGGCUUUGGCGAACCCAGUUUCAACCCACAGCAUUUUAACUCCAAAUCCAAGCCUCAUGUCUACUUCUCACGGAACGAGAAUGCCAUCAUUACCUACAGCAGUUCAGAAUAUAGGACUGUAUGGAAAUUUGCCUUGUAACCAGCCUAGCACAUACAAUGUCACUUCAGGAUUGAAUCAACUGACCCAGCAAAGAAACCCAAACCAACUGAUAACAAAUCAGACCAACCCUUUGAUGUCACGGCCACCUACCUUGGGGCCAGGUAAUAACAACACUGUGGCCACUUUUGGAGCUACAUCUGUUGGCAAUUCCCAACAACUAAGACCAAAUUUAGCCCAUGGUAUAACAAGCAUGCCAGCACAGAGAACAUCAACUGUAAUGAUCACCGCUAACACAACAGCACCAAACUGGGCCUCCCAAGAAGCAACAGCUAAGCAGCAGGAUGUCCUGAAAUCCACAGGAGUCCGCUUCCCAACAGGUACACCUGCAGCCUUUACUCCAAACCAGUCAUUGCAACAGGCCGUAGGUAGCCAGCAAUUUUCCCAGAGAACAGUAGCUCCUCCUAACCAGUUAACACCAGCAGUGCAAAUGAGACCCAUGAAUCAGAUGAGCCAAACAUUAAAUGGACAAACCCUGGGUCCACUCAGAGGUCUGAAUCUCAGGCCCAAUCAGCUAAACACGCAGAUCUUGCCGAAUAUGAACCAGUCGGGAACAGGGUUGAAUCAAUCGAGGACAGGCAUAAGCCAACCACCAUCCCUGACACCCAGCAAUUUUCCAUCACCCAAUCAAAGUUCCAGGGCCUUUCAAGGAACUGACCAUGGCAGUGACUUAGCUUUUGAUUUCCUCAGUCAACAGACAGAUAACUUGGGCCCUGCCCUAAAUAGUGAUGCUGAUUUCAUUGAUUCUUUAUUGAAGACAGAGCCUGGUAACGAUGACUGGAUGAAAGACAUCAAUCUCGAUGAAAUCUUGGGAAACAACUCAUGA